CGGUCCUCCCGCUGCUGCCGACGCCGCCGCAGCCUGAGGCCGCCCGGCGACUGGAGGAGGUGACGCAGCAAGAGCUCGCGUCCAGUCCCCCCGCUGCCGCUGCUGCUGCUGCUGCUGCUGCUGCUGAAGGGAACGCUGCUGCAGCAGCUGCAGCAGGGCCUGAGGGUGGAGACUGUUCUGUCUGCACCGCCCUCGCGCUGUGUCCCGCUUGGCUGUUGAGUCGGCUGCUGAAGGCGAAGGCGGAGGGUGUCUCGGUGCCUGCGUUGCUGUUGGACCUCGCAGGAGAGACGGAGACAACAGCAGCAGCAGCAGCAGCAGCAGCAGAGCCAGCAGCAGCAGCACUGACACCCGCAGCAGAAGGACACGAAACGCAGAGAAGGUGUACCCCUGUGGGGCUUGGAGACAGGAGCAGCGGAGACACCUCGGGGGGCGACCUGCGUGCUGCUGCCUGUCUCUCUUUCCGGCUUGCUGCAUGCAAGAUGGCGCUAGGGGGCAGGCGGGGGGCCCCGGGGCUGUCUCCUGAGCUCGAGGCAGAGCUGAGGGGGGCCCCUAUGGGUACGCCUAUGACGGCGGGAGAGGACCUGGGGAGCUGCUGUGUAGACUGUUGGGUGGCUGCAUGCAGCAGCCAGCUGUUUCUGGUGUGUGUUGCGCUGCUGUGCUCGCUGCGGCUGGCGGUGGCUGUCCCCGCAGGAGACAGCUGGAGACUUGUUGCUGCUGCAGAGGCUGCCCCCCGCUUCUGCCUCAAGCAGCAGCAGGUCCUCCGCGACCCAGUCGCUGCGCGCUGGACCUCACACAGCUGCCCCUCAACACCCCUGCCUGUAGAACACAGACGUACACGCACAGAUGCAGCAGCUGCAGCAACUGCAGCAGCUGCAGCAACUGCAGCAGCUGCAGCAGAUGCUGCAGCAGGCACAGCAGGAGAGAGAAGGAAAAGAGAAGGAGAACCCGCAAGCGAAGGCAAACACAUGCAGCAGAAACACCAACGCCCAGCAAUGGUGCCGCGAGCCGUCUGGGCUGCGUGGGGCCCUGCAGCGGUUCGCGGUCACCAGCAGCAGCAGCAGCAACAGCAGCAGCAGCAGCAGCAGCAACAGCAGAGGGGGGAUCUGCUGGAAGGGGAGAUGCAGGUGGCUGUGGUUGGUGCGUCUGCUCGAGCAAAUGGGGCUGCAUGCGUUUCAAGCCCCACGAUGACCGCGCCGUCUGCUGCACAAAGUUCAGAGGAGGAGACAAGUGCAUGCGAAGCGCAGGCGGAGGCCGUCUGCUCCUUUUUCAGUGCUCUGUUGACUUGGGAGGAAUACCCCUCAGGCCUAGCCUCUUCCUUGGGGGCCCCAGGGGCCCAGGGGGCCCCAGGGGCCCAGGGGGCCCCAGGGGCCCAGGGGGAGGAGAGGGCCCCGCACAUCCAGGCAGCUGCGGCCCCCAGGAGCUCGUUGAGGCCGAUGAGACUGGCGAAGGAGUGGCUGCCAGCUUGUGCAUGGGUGCGCCUGGAUGGGCGGCUGCACGGGUCACUCGUGCAGCUGCUGUGUCUGCGGCUGUGGAUGCUGCUGACGCAGAGGCCCGGCAGCACGGCGCAGCAGCUGCAGGGGAUGCUGUGUCUGCUAGAUGACUGCGAGCUUGGAGAACAACAAAAGAGUAUUGAUUUGAAUAUAUUAAUUACCUUUUUUAAACAGUUUUUGGUCGUCAAACCACUCGCUGGUGAUUGCCGCCUCACCAGUAUGGCCGGCCGCGCCUUCGUGGUCACCGGGGCCAACAGAGGUAUUGGAUUCGAAACAGUGAGAGAAUUGGGGAAAAGACUAAACCCAAAGGAUGCAGCAAUUGUCCUUUGCUCUCGAACUUCAGCUGCCGGGGAGACAGCAGCUUCAUCUCUGGCUAAAGAGGGAAUAAAAGCAGACGUGGAGGUGCUUGAUAUCACAAACGAAGGGAGCCGAAGGAAGUUUGUUACCUCGAUUCAAAACAAAUACAAGCAUGUUGACUGUCUCAUCAACAACGCGGGUCAGCUGCAGCGCCCGGAUUUCAAGCGUAAUGAGAGGUUGGCUUCUCUUUCCAUGUGUUCAGGCGCCAACGAAAUGAUAUUUGCACUUGAGGAAUAUUAA